GCAAUUCAGUUACAGACGAAGAUAAACUCUCCCUCGUCUCGCUCUGAGAGACGGUCAGCGCCGCCUCUUUCUUUCUCCCCGCCCAUAGCAACCGUGCUUAGCAACGCGCGCGGCUGGGUUAGGCGGCGCUGUCUGGAUCAUGUUUCCGGCCCUUUCGAGCCUAGGGUCGGUUUUCUACGCAAAGCCGAGGCUGUGCGGCCUAGUCCGAAGGGGAUGCUAAAAGUAAAAAUCCUUUUCGUGGGCCCCAGCGAGGCUGGAAAAUCUGUCUUAGCAAACUUCUUGUCAGAGACAAUUGAAGGUAUUGGCAGUUACAUCCCCACACAAGGAGUGAGGAUUUUAGAAUAUGAGAAGCCACAUAUGAAUGGAAACAGCAAAGGACCAGGAUGUCGGUUUGAACUGUGGGAUUGUGGAGGUGAUCAAAAAUUUGAGACUUGCUGGCCUGCUCUGAUGAAAGAUUCCCACGGUGUCGUCAUUAUUUUUAAUCCAGACUUGCCAAGCCAUGUGAAGGAAAUUGAGAUGUGGUACUCCUGUUUUGUCCAACAGCAACAAUUGCUUGAGAAUCAGUGCUUGCUCAUUGCACAUCACAAGCCGGGCACUGCAGGAGAUGUAGAGAAUCUCACUUUGCCUUCACCAUUGAACAGGCUGUCAUUGAUACACUCUAGCCUUGAAGAAGACCCUGAAGAUGUCCGGAUGGAAUUUGUGAAGUUCCUGAAGAAUAUUACCAAUUUGGUAAAUGAGAACCGGGACAGAGAGGAGAUGCUGAUUAUCAAUUAGUAGUUUGAUAAAUGUUGGAGAAAUAAAUAGCUGUCAAUAUGAAUAA